AGAUCGAAAGGUGCACACGCAUCCAAGAUUAUUUUAGUCAAUUUCAAUUCCAUCGGCUGUUCAGUCACGUUUCUCUUCUUCAACGUGAAAAGUGUGAUAUUAGUUAUAUUAAUUUAGUUAAUAGAAGUAAACGAAAAUGUCGAAGAAGAAGGGUAACAAGAAGAACAAGAAUUUGGAUGACGAUUGGGAGGAUCCGCCACAGAAGGCACCAACUUCUAUGCUCGACGCCGAGGUAACCUCAAAACCAGCGAAACCUGCUAAAAAGGGCAAAGGAAAAAAGAACAACAAGGACGAUGAUUGGAGCGAUAAAGAGAGCAAGAUUGAACAGAAGCAGGCAGAGCUCAGCGAUGAGGAAAUUGUUCCUGUGAAGAAGAGCCAGAAAAAAGCCAAGAACAAUAAGAAGAAAGUGGUGGUGGAGUCUGAUGUAGAUUUAUCCGAGGAGGAGGUAUCCAAGUCUGAUUCAAUCAAAAAGAAGGGAAGUGGCAAUAAAAAGGGUGGAAAAGGCAAAAAGGAUGAUUGGUCCGAAGAUGAGAAUGAUUUUGAGUUGGAGCUGGAGGAGGAAGAGCCAAAGCCUAUCAAGAAGAGCAGCAAAAAGAAUAAAGCUAAACCGGUAGUGGUGAAAGCUGAAUCUGAGGAUGAGUUGGAAGCGGAGGAGGAAGAGCCAAUGCCUGUCAAGAAGAGCAGCAAAAAGAAUAAAGCUAAACCGGUAGUGGUAAAGGCUGAAUCUGAGGAUGAGGAAAAGUUGGAGGAGGAGGAAGUCGAAGUUAAGGCAGUCAAGAAGAAGAGCAGCAGUAGUAAAAAGAGUAAACCCGCUGCUCCGGUAAGGGAUGAAUCUGUGGAGGAAACUUAUCCAGAUGAAGAGGACGAUUUAGACGACGAGCUCAACGAUAAAGUGUCCGAGAUGAAAAUCGUAGAGGAGGUCGUAAAACCGGAGGAGAAGAAGCUGACCCACAAGGAAAAGAAAAAGCUGAAGAAGCAGCAAGAGUACGAAAGGCAGAUGGAGUCUAUGCUGAAGAAGGGUGGGCAGGGUCACUCCGAUCUCGACUCUAAUUUUACAGUUUCACAGACAAUGAAGUCUGUGAAUCAGAUGGCCGCCCUCGAGAACGCCGUCGACAUCAAGGUGGAGAACUUCACGAUCUCCGCGAAAGGAAACGACCUCUUCGUGAACGCCAAUCUGCUGAUAGCGAGCGGAAGACACUACGGUCUGGUCGGUCCCAACGGACACGGUAAAACCACUCUGCUGCGGCAUCUGGCUCAGCGAGCCUUUGCCAUACCACCGAACAUCGAUAUACUUUAUUGCGAACAAGAGGUCGUUGCCGACGACUUCACAGCAGUCGAAUCCGUCCUCAAAGCAGACGUGAAGAGGACCAAACUGAUGGACGAGUGCAAGAAACUGGAGGAGGCCUUCCAGAAAGGUGACAUGGAAGCCCAGGAGAGGCUGAACGAUGUGUACGAGGAACUCAAAGCCAUAGGAGCCGAUUCCGCUGAGCCGAGAGCGAGAAGGAUCUUGGCCGGUCUGGGAUUCACCAAAUCGAUGCAGGAUCGUGCAACCAAGAACUUUUCUGGUGGUUGGAGGAUGAGAGUUUCAUUGGCCAGAGCGCUCUACAUCGAACCCACACUGUUGCUGCUCGACGAACCUACCAAUCAUUUAGAUUUGAACGCUGUCAUUUGGCUGGACAAUUAUUUGCAAACCUGGAAGAAAACCUUGCUGAUCGUAUCUCACGACCAGUCUUUCUUGGACAACGUGUGCAACGAAAUCAUCCAUUUGGAUCAACAGAAACUUUAUUAUUACAAGGGCAACUAUUCGAUGUUUAAGAAGAUGUACGUGCAGAAGAGGAAGGAGAUGAUCAAGGAGUACGAGAAGCAGGAGAGGAGGAUCAAAGAGCUGAAGGCGCACGGAUCUUCCAAGAAACAAGCGGAAAAGAAACAGAAGGAGGCACUGACCAGGAAGCAGGAGAAGAACAGAACGAAGAUGCAGAAGCAGGAAGACGAGGUGACAAUAACCGAAUUGCUGCAACGACCGAGAGAGUACAUCGUAAAGUUCUCGUUCCCGGAACCGCCGCCGCUGCAGCCACCCAUCCUCGGUCUGCACAAUGCGACGUUCGCGUACGACGGACAGAAACCGUUGUUCGUCGGCACCGACUUUGGUAUCGAUCUGAACAGCAGGAUUGCCAUAGUCGGACCGAACGGAGUGGGAAAAUCCACCUUCCUGAAGAUGCUGACCGGAGAUAUUCAACCACAAGAAGGAGAGGUCAAGAAGAAUUAUCGAUUGAGAAUUGGACGCUUCGAUCAGCACUCUGGAGAACAUUUGACGGCGGAGGAGACGCCCUCGGAAUACCUGAUGCGACUGUUCGAUUUGCCCUACGAGAAGGCGAGGAAACAGCUGGGAACGUUCGGGCUCUCCUCGCACGCGCACACCAUCAAGAUGAAGGAUCUGUCUGGAGGACAGAAGGCACGUGUAGCUUUAGCUGAAUUGUGUCUAAUGGGACCGGACGUUGUUAUUCUUGAUGAACCUACGAAUAAUCUGGAUAUCGAAUCAAUCGACGCCCUCGCCGAGGCCAUCAACGAGUACCAAGGUGGCGUCAUCAUAGUCUCUCACGACGAACGACUGAUUAGGGACACCGAGUGCACACUGUACGUGAUCGAGGAUCAGACUAUAAACGAGCUGGAAGGCGACUUCGACGAUUACAGGAAGGAAUUGCUGGACAGUUUGGGAGAGGUUAUCAAUAGCCCCAGCAUUGCCGCAAACGCGGCCGUCGCUCAAUAAUCAAAUUAACAAGAAGACGCACUUUGUUAUCGCUAUACGAGAGUAUUUUAAAUAAAUCUAUUUUAUUUUUAA